AUGACGGAGGAGGAGAGAGGGGGAGAAGGAGAGAGAGGGAGAAGGAGAGAGAGAGGAGAGAGGGGGAGAAGGAGAGAGAGGGAGAAGGAGAGAGAGAGGAGAGAGGGGGAGAAGGAGAGAGAGGGAGAAGGAGAGAGAGAGGAGAGAGGGGGAGAAGGAGAGAGAGGGAGAAGGAGAGAGAGAGGAGAGAGGGGGAGAAGGAGAGAGAGGGAGAAGGAGAGAGAGAGGAGAGAGGGGGAGAAGGAGAGAGAGGGAGAAGGAGAGAGAGGGAGAAGGAGAGAGAGGGAGAAGGAGAGAGAGGGAGAAGGAGAGAGAGGGAGAAGGAGAGAGAGGGAGAAGGAGAGAGAGGGAGAAGGAGAGAGAGGGAGAAGGAGAGAGAGGGAGAAGGAGAGAGAGGGAGAAGGAGAGAUAGAGGAGAGAGAGAGAGGAGAGAGGGGGAGAAGGAGAGAGAGGGAGAAGGAGAGAGAGAAGAGAGAGAGGGAGAAGGAGAGAUAG